AUGCCUUCAGCCGAGACUAUAGUUACCACUACCACAAUCAAAACAGCAACAGCUAUUACCACAUUAGCACCUACACUUGAAGGAUUGACAGCGGCUUUAUCGCAAAAUUUUGUUCACUAUUUAAACUAUUUGGAUAGACUACCAGGUGGACAGAUUAUUUUAAGGUACAUUAAAUCUUCAUAUAAGAAUGACCCAGUUAGGUCAUUGUUUGAGUUAGCACUCUUUAUAUUUGCAGUCCAUUACUUUCUUUCAUCGAAGAAAAAGGAAAAUAAAUCUGACUUGACUGUAUUCAGCGAAAAAGAAAUUGACGCUUUAUGUAAAGACUGGGAACCAGAACCUUUAGUUGAAGACCUUUCGCCGUUGGAAAAAUGGGAAUUGAAGUCUAUACCUGAAAUAAAAGGACAUAAUGGAUCGCAUGUGCAGUUGUUGAACGGGAAAGGCUCUUCUUUGGGUAAAGUCGUCAAUUUAGCAUCAUAUGAUUUUUUGAACUUAAAUGAAUGUGAUAGCAUUAAAUCAGCGGCAAAGGAAUGCAUCUCUGCCGCGGGGGUAGGUGCCUGUGGGCCACCAAAUUUCUACGGAACACAAGACGUUCACGUCAGAUUGGAAGAAGACUUAUCCGAGUACUUAGGGACUGAGCAGGCUAUAUUAUACGGACAAGAUUUCGUUACAGCCGGGUCUGUUAUUCCAGCUUACUUGAAGAGAGGUGAUUUAUGUAUUGUGGAUAGCGGUGUCAAUUUGGCUAUUCAAAAAGCUUUGAUUGUAAGUCGUUGUGAUCUUGAAUGGUAUGAUCACAAUGAUAUGGAUCAUUUAGAACAAAUUUUAAAGGAAAUCAAACCUGUCAUAGAGAAACAGAAACCGAUUCGUAGAAGAUUCAUUGUUACCGAGGCUUUAUUCGCAAACACUGGUGAUUUAGCCUUAUUGCCAAAAAUUAUUGAGUUAAAGAACAAAUAUAAAUACCGUUUAUUUUUGGAUGAAUCAUUGUCUAUUGGUGUUUUAGGUGCGACUGGUAAAGGUCUUGUAGAACAUUAUGGAGUUCCAAGAUCAGAAAUCUCUAUUACCAUUGGUUCCAUGGCUUUGUCCUUUGCUUCAUCGGGUGGUUUCUGUGUUGGUGUUACUCCAAUGAUUCAACAUCAAAGAAUCUCAUCCAAUGCUUAUGUUUUCAGUGCUGCAUUACCGCCAUAUUCUGCUAGGGUCAGCUCUGAGGCAAUUAAAGAGAUCACCACAAAGUUAGAUUCCACUGGAAAAUCUAAACUCAUGAAGACUUUGCAAGAUAAAGUUCUGUACGUAUAUCAACAAUUAGAGCAACACAUUCCAUCGUCAUUUUUCACAGUAACAUCUGCUCCAUUUUCCCCAAUCAUUCAUUUGGGAUUAAGCCUGGAAUAUAGAAAGAGCUUGAAUUUGCCUCCAUUUUACGGUAAUACCGAUUUGUUACUCACAGGCAAACAGUCAAAGAAAUUGAAUGAAUUCAACCAUAAGCUUAAUGCUGAAUCGUUCAUACUACAAAAGAUCAUUGAUCAAUGCUUAACACAUGCUGCUGUAUUGUUGACUAGAUCCAAACAUAUUUUGGAACAUGAGAACCUACCAGUACCAAGCCCACAUCUACAAUUUAUGGUUAAUGUAGGUGUGUCAACUGAAGAAUUUGAUAGAGCUAUUUACGCCUUGAAAAUUGCCAUGAGAGAGAUUUGCUCCAAAAUCCGUAACGAGAAUGAUUUGCUUAUCUUAGAAAAUGAAAUCAUUAAUUAUUGA